AACUGUGCGCAGAGAACCCACUGCGCAGGCUGAACCAGAGAGCGGUAAAAGGAAGAGUGUAGGAGGGAAAUGUUAAUUGUAAAAACUACCUGCUGUCAUCGUUUGGAAGUUUAGCCAUCCAAAGUCAACAAAUCGGAACCAGAUAAAUAAUACAUGUAAUACAUAAUACAUAAUACAUAUAUUUGUAUUUUAUUUCGAGUGUAUUUUUUCUACUAUUACAUAUGGAGGCUUAUCAAGAUCAGUUGCUGGACUCCCCUUCCAAAAAUAGUUACAUAGGGAGCUACUACCAGCCUCCAGAUAGGCUGUCACCUCCUUCAUAUGUCUGGGAAGCCCCUGCACCCCUUACCAAGACGGUCAUGAACUUGCAGAACAUCACUCCGCAGGUGUAUCGGACUACGCCUGAUGCUGGCAGCAAAGCAGUCAUUGCUGCUCUCAAGACCCUCCAGGAGAAGAUCCGUCGUCUGGAGCUGGAAAGGAAGCAGGCUGAGAAGAACGUCAAACAGUUCUCCCAGGCAGCCCAUGGAUAUGAGUGCUCCAUCACUCCAUGCAACACUACAGAAGUAGAUGGCUCCAGAAAGAAAGAGCGGGUCACUCCGCUUCAGUCUGCGGAAGCUCGCUGUCAGCUCCUUGAGAAGCAGCUGGACUACAUGAGGAAGAUGGUGGAGAAUGCAGAGAAGGACAAGAACACUCUGACUGAGAAACAGUUGUCCCUUCAAAAGCAGAAGCAUGCCCACACUCCGCUGGAGAAGCUGGAGAAACUGGAGAGGGACUGUCUGAAACUGUCCAAGACACAGUCUGUGGCUGAGAGGAAAAUUGAGCUGCUGGAACAGAAACUCCUGGAAGAGGAACACGAGCGGAAACUUGUGCAGGAGAAAGCAGAUGAGCUGCAGAGGGAGCUGGAGACCAACCUCCGCCUGUGUCCUGCAGUCCCGGAUGAGGUUAAACCAAAGAAGAAGUCCAAGAAUGCCUUCAAGAAAACGAGUUUGGUGCGGCAAGAGGUCCCAGCACCACCAUGUUUCCCCAAAAAUAAACUGCCCUUCGUAGCUGGAACAUCGACAAGCCCCAGCCACUCGGUGCAUGCUAACAUGCAGAGUGUCCUCCACAUGAUGAAGCACCACCAGCCCCACCUGUGUGAGCGGGUGCGUUCCCUGCGCAGGUCUGGCUCCGCUGGGGCCAGGAGAGCCCUCCAUAGGGCCCCAUCCACCUCCACCUCUCCCCCUGGACCGGCAGAUCCUGCUCUGGGCUCUCUGUCUGAGCUACUGCUGGCACUGCAGGACGAACUGGGACAGAUGAGCUUUGAGCACCAAGAGCUGGUUUGUCAAAUGGAUGAGACGCGGCGUCGGGACACCAGGGAGGACCUGGAGAGGGAGCUAGAGCUGCUGGUCAAGAGGAUGGAGGAGAAGGGAUCUCAGAUCACCAAGCUCCGCAAACACCAGCAGACUGUGGACAAACUUACACAGAACCCCCAGAAACCUCGUCGGCGGGCGACAAGUGAGGAUGGCAGGGCUAAGGGGGGAAGUGGGGUGAGAUCCUUGCCCCCCUCUCCAGUUAAAACCACCUCACGGGGGGGUAAGAGAACUGGGGUGGGUCAGGAGGAGAACCUCCAGCUGCUCAGAGAGACCCAGAGACUCUGCACUAGCCUAAAGAAAGAUGACAUCACCUGGGAGACAUAACUAGGGCAGCAUGUAUUAGAGCUGGAUCUGAAGGACCCCUCUGUACAGGUUCAUCUCAAACCAUACUGGAUUAUAUACAAAUUAUGACCAAUGGGCGAUGGAGAUGAAAGCCUGCAUACAUAGGGGUCCUUCAGGACUGACUUCGGGGGCCACAGAAGCAAAGCAUUGUGGAUCCCCCAUUGUGGUUUUCAGCUUCUGCAUUGUCAGAUGUUUUCUAAACAGAUAUUUAUGACCAAUGAAUGUCUCACCUUGAAGAAUAAACAUUUUAUAUCCAAGAGUUUUCUCUCUUGCAAGCUUUGAAGUGAUGCGUUGGGACAUAUUUUAUUUCAAUUAUAUUAUUGUAUUUGAAGUUACUUUUUAUUUCUUGUAUUUGUUAUGCAUGUUUGUUUUGUUAUACACAUUGUACAUGUACAACAAUAGUCAUGUUUUUGUCUAAUAAACACUUAAUAUAACA